GGGGAGAGACAGAUACAACAACAACAAAAAAAAAAUAAUCCCCUCGUAGAAAGACAUAAUAUUGAGGCAUGUUGCAAACGAAUUAAUCAUUUCUGGGCAUAGGAUAAAAUGGCUGGGGGGGACAGCGGAUGCGAUUAGUAUUGGGAGCGACUGCGUUUUCUCACCUACGGAAAUCUGCUUUUGUGAUACAAUACGUCAUGACGGAUCAAACAGCUAUCGUUUGAUGCAACUUGGUUGUCUGGAGUCUGUGGCCAACUCGACUGUCGCCUACUCUUCCACGUCUCCUCUAACUUACUCCACGACUGGCACUGACUUUACUUCGCCUUAUUUCUCUACUAAUCAUCAAUAUACCCCCCUGCACCACCAGUCCUUCCACUAUGAGUUCCAGCACAGCCACCCAGGGGUUAAUCCAGACGCCUAUUCCUUAAAUUCCCUCCAUCAUUCCCAGCAAUAUUACCAGCAGAUCCACCAUGGGGAGCCCACAGAUUUUAUUAACCUUCACAACGCCAGAGCACUCAAGUCAUCCUGCUUGGACGAUCAAAGAAGGGACUUUGGCUGCUUAGACGCAUAUCGCAGGCACGACUUGUCGCUGAUGAGCCAUGGUUCCCAGUAUGGGAUGCACCCAGACCAGAGACUCCUGCCCGGAUCCAGUUUGGGUCUCUCAGGUGCAGGAGGAGACGAUUUCCAGGGUUCGGUGGAGGCCCAGUGCGGAUUAGUUCUCAACAGUCAAGGCGGAGUAAUCAGAAGAGGUGGCACCUGUGUGGUGAAUCCUACUGAUCUCUUCUGCUCGGUUCCUGGGCGCCUCUCCCUUCUAAGCUCCACCUCGAAAUACAAAGUCACCAUAGCCGAAGUGAAAAGACGCCUUUCGCCGCCAGAAUGCCUCAACGCUUCUCUACUAGGGGGCAUAUUGAGAAGAGCAAAAUCCAAAAAUGGGGGCCGCUGUUUGAGAGAGAAACUUGACAGACUGGGUUUAAACUUACCCGCUGGAAGAAGAAAAGCUGCCAAUGUAACUCUAUUGACUUCACUGGUAGAAGGGGAAGCUUUACACUUGGCCAGAGAUUUCGGGUACACGUGUGAAACAGAAUUCCCAGCAAAGGCAGUGGGGGAGCACUUGGCUAGACAACACAUGGAGCAGAAAGAACAGACUGCAAGGAAGAAGAUGAUCCUAGCCACAAAGCAAAUUUGUAAAGAAUUCCAAGACCUACUCAGCCAGGACCGAUCACCCCUUGGAUCCUCUAGACCUACGCCAAUUCUAGACCUCGACAUUCAGAGGCAUCUAACGCAUUUCAGUCUGAUCACCCACGGCUUCGGAACGCCAGCCAUAUGCGCGGCCCUGAGCACCUUCCAGACCGUCCUGAGCGAGAUGUUGAACUACUUGGAAAAACACACGACAAACAAAACAGGGGGGGUGCCGGAGAGCGGGCAGGGGGGCACAAACUCAGAAAAGGGACCUUUGCGCAAAUCUUCUGAGGUUCUGGUCAAAGACGCCAAAACAGAAAAGGCCGACUAACCUCUCCGAGCCGGCCAGAGAUUCCUGCUGCUGAAAAGUGUUUUUUUAUAUAUAACAUUAGGUUAAUAUAUUUUCAAAGGACCAAAUCCAACCUGCUCGACUUUGUAAAUUCUCUGAUCCAACGUCACCCCCCCCCCCCCCGAAUAUAACGACAGCGCGUAUACACGAGAAGCCCUAUUGACUCUAUUGCAGACCUUUAUUUUCUACCACCGGGGGGCAUCUUCCUGGGAGAAACCUUCCUCGGGGCACCACUACGUUUUAUUUUGGAAUGUUGAUUAUAUCUUUUUUUUUUUUCCAAUUUUAAUAAAUGAUAAAAAAAAUAAACUGUUUGUUACUGGAAAUGUGCAACUGAUUUACCCACCACCUUGGAAAUACUUAUAGAUAAAAAUAAAAUUGUAAAAA